CAUGUGCUAUCCAACCUCCAGUACGUUUUCAUCUUUUCCAAGCCGACGACAUUAGUGUAUUGGUUGUGUACUCUGUCAGUGAACAUCGAUAUUUAAAAAGUAAAAGAUAAAUAAAACAACAAUGACGAAAAAAAAGGCUGGUGAAGACGCUGAGUAUACUGUGGUUGGAUGUCGAUUUGACAAAAACUCAGACUUGGAUCAUAUACGGAUAAAGAAACAUUCUGUCAGGAAUCAUGAACAGGAACACCCUAAAGGAAGAACUCUAUUUGUGUUGGAUGUUCCACCUUAUGCCACAAUGUUGUCGUUGCAACGUGCUUUUGAAGAACUUUGUGGUCCGGUGGAGGCCGUUUAUUUUCAACAAAAUAAAGACAGCCCAACUGUACAAGCUAGUGACUUACAAAUGAAGGAAAAGGCAAUCAGAGGAUUUAAAACUGCUUAUGUGGUAUUCAAAAAUUCACAAUCCUUGGACAAAGCUGUACAACUUGAUAAGAGCUCUGUACUUACUAUGAGUACAGAUAAAUGUCCAAUGCUGGUAGGCUUGAAAAAAUACAUAAAGAAUUACAACUCGCAAAUACCACACCAGCAAGUGCUGAAAGAAAGAGUGACUGCUUACCUGAAAGCAUACGAUAAAACUGUGACGAUGGAAGCAGAGGCAGAAAAAGCUGCAGAAGAACCAGAUGCAGAUGGGUGGGUUACUGUCACUAGUACAAAGAAAAGAGGAAAAUCUGGUGUACCUAGAAAAGCAUCUGUAAUUGAGAAAAUACACAAGAAUGAGGAGAAGAAAAAAAUACAAAAGACACUAGUUAACUUUUAUCGAGGUGAAAUUAGGCAACGAAAAAAAUUAGAAUUAGAAGAAUUGAAGAAAAAAUUCGAAUUGGAUAAGAAAAAGAUAGAACUUAUGAAAUCAACUAGAAAAUUCAAAGUUUUCUAAAGUAAAAUUAUUUCAUAAAAAUUCUUGUCAUGAAAAUGUAAAUACAUCGUAAUGAGUUUUUUGUAGACUUAAGUUUUUGUACAAAAUGAGCA